AUGAGCGGUGCCAGGUGUGGACAAAACUAUGUAUACUUACAAAAGAAGCGAACAUUAAAAAUGCAGUCAUCACCUACGAUGAUAGAUGAAAUUUCAAAUUUAUCUUCUGUCUCCGCCACUGAUGUGGAAGGCACAUCAUAUAAUAAUAAGAAGAAAGGUGUUUCUGUCAAUCUAUUUCAUAAAUUAACAAAAUUGGUUGCGUACACCUCGACUGUGGCCUCAGAAGCCUAUCAAAAUUUAACGGGGUAUAACGAUAAUACUGAAAUUGAUGUGGAGCCUAAUUAUGACUAUGAUGAGGUGAUGCAAAUUAAUGCAGAUGAUGAUUUUGUUGGGUCCGAACCACCGCCACCUUAUGAUAACAUGUGGUCUCCGAUGACUUCUUCAUCUCCUGAUAAUGCGGCUACAUCACAACCGGCAAUGAUCACCAGUAAACCCACAUCAACCACAUCACGUCGCAAACAAAUUAGAGUUCAUCGAGGGAGGAGAUUGUUAAUGGAUCUGAUAGUUGAAGGUAAAGCUGCUCUCACCAGUACGGUAGCUGUUACCGAUGUCGAAUUCUUCUUGUCUGAAGAAAAGGAACGCGAAGAAAGAAUAAUGAGAGAAUUGGGUAUCAAAACACCUGUUACUCGACGUUCCCGAAGCAGCACUUGUUCCUCAGCGUCCUCAGAUUCAGAUUCCAUCUUAUCGACUACCUCCGUUAAUUCAUAUUAUGGUUACUGUCCAUCUUUUUCUGACCGCUCUGGUGAAUACCCGACCGCUGCUAUUUCCGCGGAUUCGUUUAUUCAGUACGGCCCCCCUGCGUAUUUCAGGCCAUCACCAAACUGUGGCUACUUCGGUCCAAAAACAACGCCUGAACAACAGUGUUCGGGUGAUUCGAAUAGGUCAAGCGACUGUAAGGUAGCACCUUCUUAUGGCUAUGGUUCGUACGUUAACAUGCAUUGUCGUUAUUAG